AUGGUCCGACGACAGGCUGAGGAACUUGGUGGCGUGUGGCGCUGCCGGGGGAAUCGCCGCUACCUUCAAUGCGCCAACAAUGCGCCAAUUGCCGGGGUUAUCUUCGCCUUGGAGGUGAUUCUCGGAGAUUUCAGCACCACUUCACUCAGCACGGUGGUCAUUGCCUCCGUCACCGCCAACCAGAUAGCCCGUAUCAUCCACGGGAACCUCCCCGCCUUUGCGGUGACGCCGUAUACGCUGGUCAGCGCCUGGGAACUCCCUUUGUAUGCGGUGCUCGGGGUGGUGGCAGCGGUGGUGGGCGUCGUCUUUGUGCGGGUGCUCUACUUCAGUGAAGAUGUCUUCGAUGCCUGGAAAUUUCCAGAACCUCUCAAGCCGAUGGCGGGUGAUCUCCUCAUCGGGAUGAUUGGCUUUGCAUAUCCCCAAGUGCUUGGCGUGGGGCAUGACGCCAUCGAGCAAGCGCUGCACAAUACCAUGCCGCUGGCGCUCAUGGCGACGCUCGUGGUCAUCAAAAUGAUUGCCACCACGUUUGUGGCGGAACGCAUGUUUGCCGACUCGAUUUAUACGCUCAAAUUGCGUCGCCGGGGCGUGCGACUGUCCCAGGGACGCGACGAAGACGUGAUGCAGACCGUCCGCGUCAGUGAGGUGAUGGACACGCAGGCGGACAGCGUGGUUUCGACACUGUCUCUCCCCGCCCUUGCCCGGGAAUUUGAGCGCACGCAUCAUCACAGUUUCCCCGUGCUGGGCCCCGAGGGAAACCUCUAUGGCAUUGUCAGCAUUCGGGACUUGGAACGGGCCAUGGAAACGGAAGCCAUUGAUCAGAUCACCGCAGGCGAUAUUGCGACGACGCGUGUCGUCACGGUCUCCCCGAAUGACCCGGUGUCCCUUGCCAUCGAGCGGAUGGCCCCUCGUGACCUGAGCCGGUUGCCGGUGGUGGACUUUGGGAAUCCCCGACGGUUGCUUGGCCUCAUCCGGCGAGGAGAUAUCGGUCGGGCCUACAAUGUUGGCGUGAUGAGACGAGUCGAACGUCAGCAACGGGCCGAGCAACUCCGCCAAGGCGCCGCGCUGAAACCGCAUGGCCAGUUCACCUCUUUAGCCCUUGAGGAGUUGGAGUUCAUCAAAAGCAUGACGCACGGCCUUGAGAUAGAGCCGUGUCCGCAGGGCAACGUGAUUGAGCCCAUGGGUCACACUGAGCCAUGUCAAGCGGCACGCGGCGUAGAUCGCCAGAGCCUGCCCUGA